ACUGCUCACGCGAAACGAAACCAAACGGAUUUUAAAAGAUACACAUCGACACGCCACAGUACAUUAAGAUCAAAAUGAUAUUAUUUGAAUUAUUUAUUUGAAACGCGUGAAUACAUCUUUUCCAUAAUCUUUAUUAAACUGGAAAAAUACAUGCACACUUAUAACAAGAACAAAUACACGCAGUUAGUCAUUAACUUCAGUGAUUGCUCUCAAACGCCCUUCUUAAAGGACAUGUAAACGUGCAAUUUGCUUAAAGAAGUGGUACCAGGAACCGGGUUAAAGUUAGUUGUGGCAACUUCGUUGUAGUUACUUCCGGUACUUCGUGACAGUUAGUAUCUGACUUUGGAUUACAGAAAAUAUAUUUCAUACAUUUCCGAUAAAUAAGUUACAUCUGAUCGCUCAGUGGGUAAGGAUUCCGGUUGAUAAGUUAUAGUAACUUCCGGCGCUCAAUAAGGAACAUGUAUCAUACUCUUGCUGUACUCGGUCUGGUUUUACUGAUGGUCGCAGGGGUGAUCACCUGCUACAUCUGCACGAGCGACACGAACAACAACUGCCGCGACUCCUUCAUCGCUGAGGGACACAUAGUCCUUAGAAACUGCAGGAGUUGUGUGAAACGACAGGACGGUCGAAGGUACGUGCGCGAUUGCGAUGUGACCUACACGUUAAACGGAUGUCUGAAGAAUACGGAUCUGCAGCAAAGUGCCUGCUACUGCGACACAGACCACUGCAAUGGUGCCAUUAGCUGGGCACACGUGACCGGAAACCACGUGAUUAUUCUUGUGGUCACCACGGUGAUGACGUUUUUCGGGUUAUGAACUGUGGCGCAUUCGCAGUAUACGGUCUCUAGUCAAAUUUUUCAAAUAGUUACUGACUUUUUAAAUAAAUUCUUUUUUGAAAUUAUGGCAUAGUUAAGCAGAAAUGUAUUAGCAUGUAACGACGCACCAUAUAUGAAUUGUUCAUUUUGUACAUGAAAUAACAUUUCAAAAGCAACGUUUCUAUGUUUCAUAUUUUUUUUGUUUAUUCUCAUAUUUUCAUUAAAAUUCGAAAUAAUUAAAUUAUUUGUUAACGUGCCAUUGAACAAUUCUUACGCAUUGACCACUUUAAAAGGCUUAUCAGGAACGACACUUUCCGCUUUUAUGGAAGUUUUUUUCCAUUCAAUUGAACUAUUCUCAACUAAAAUCGAGUUUAGGCGGACAUCACACGCUAAUCUGUGAUGACACUACGUAUAUGCAUUAAGCCCAGUUUUCGCAUAACGCGGCUAAUCUUUUAACGGUAUUGGGCGCUUUUGAAACUAACACGUUGUCGCUUUUAUUGUUUUCUUCUCUGUGAAAUAGACAUUAUUCCUUUUCAUUAAAAUGUGGCCCGUUUUAAAAUGCAUUAAAUAAUUUCGGUAGACUGGUGCUUUAAGUCGCCAAUCACGAACUUAACUGGAUUCCCGUUCCAUAAUAUAUUUUAUAUAAAUUUUGUAUAGUUAUGUUUGGUUUUCGAAUGAAGACUUCACACUCAUAUUCUUGUCUCUCAAGCUUUAUUAUAUUAAAACAAUUUAUACAAGAAAAUAUAACUGAAAUACAACACACAACUUGUUAAUUUUGAUUGGCAAUAGCAAAUAAAUAACGACUGGGUGUUCCGUUACAAAGGAAUAAAACAACGACGGCGUUAUCUUCUAUACGUCACAUUUGUUAAUUAAAUCUGAAUUAAUAACGCUAGUUACGUUGUUGGUAAUAUUUAUUAAGACAUUAAACACUAUUAUUUUGUUAUGAAUAUACAGACAAAAAGAACAAAGUUUCAAUUCGAUGCCAGAAUGAAUGAUAAACUGUAAGAUGUUGAGCUAUAUAUCCAAACGAACAAACUGACAAGCGUUGUGCAAAAAAAACCCUGAAAUUUUAAUAUAUACAACUAAAGCCUGGUACUCCAACGAUACCCUCGUAAUUUGUAUUUUAUUAUUUUCUGUUUGCUUUACGAAUUUAAUAAAAUUUAAACAACAAAAAACAAGGUACGUUGUUUGUGAGUGCAUCUUUUUUUGCGACAAAGUAUUGUCAGUUUCCUUUAUACAGAUUCAUCUGAUUAUAUAAAUGUAUGCAAUACUGAUACUUUAUAUACGACUGAAAUCAUUUCCUAAAUACAGGAAACCGAUAUAAAUUAUAAAUUACCACUCAUUUGAAUUCUAACAUGAGCAAAGUCUUAUUUCUCUUUGAUCUUGUAGGUCAGUUGCUUUCCUGUUAUAACUCAACUUAUGCGUUACUUAUCAAUAAA